AUAUGACUCUCAUGGGUUUAGUGGCUUGGGAACAGAGAACUUGCCCAGCCCACCCGGUUUCAAGGGCCACACCCCACUUACUGAAACAUCAGCAGGAAUACCCUUCCCUCUGGUUCUCAUUUUUUUAUUAUUUAACAUAUAAUGAAAUGAUAAUAAUAUCAAUCUAAAUCACCAAGAAGCUAAUAAUGGCAAUAUAAUUUCUAUUUUUUAAAGCAUCCCUUAAUUUCAAUUUAAAGCUGUCCAUUUCACAGUCUAACCAUUUCAAAGGGCCCUGGGUUGAUCUCUAUUUUGGAACCCAGAUAAAUGCCAGCGUUACAUUUGCAGAUUUUUUGCAACUGGCGUUACUCAGAAUUCACCGUGGCUUUAUUUUCUUUUUUUUUACAUUAGUUCCCAUUGUCCAAUACUCCAAUUCUUCACUUUGUUGCCUGGCAUAUGCUCGGUCCAACUGGAUCCACCGCCUUUUUUCAAUAAAGCCCUUUUGCGCACACCAUUUGGGCUUGACCGAGCCCAGAACAAAACUCCUGCAAGCAAAGCCCCGAAUCUCCCCAUUCCCACCAUUCAACCGCCGCUGCUCCCGAAUGGAUCUAAUCAAGGGAGCCGCAAUCUCCCACCACUACUGAAGAUUAUUUGGCUAUCGUGCCAAGGUUUUGGUGGGGUUCCUGGAACCCACGGGUAGUGUUCGUCCGCCAGGAUGUCUUGCCAAGUUUCACCAGAUGGUGCUGCAAUGAAUACGGGUUGCAUAUAUGGUUCUAGUUCGUCAUCAGACCAGAUAUGUCAUUCCCAGCCAAGAGAUGAUUUAUCUCCAGAUUCUGCUGAAACAAGUCGCGAUUUGUAUUCCAAACAUGUUAUACUGUGUGAAAUUCUUCAGAAACGAGCCAAUAAAAAGCCCUAUUUUCUUCAAAGAAACCUUUGUUACAAGAUACAUGCCAAGCAAAAAAAGAGGAUUGAGAUAACCAUAUCAUUGUCUGGAAGUUCAAAUCCUGAAGUGCAGGCACAGAAUAUCUUUCCACUGUAUGCUUUGUUUGCUAAACCAAUUAGUGCUGUUUCACAUGAAGGGCAUUCUCCAGUAUAUCAGUUCAGCCAGGCUUGUUUGUUGACUUGUUUUGAUGAAUCUGGACAUAACAACCACACUGAAGCCACAUUCAUCUUUCGAGACCUGAAGACUUUAGCUAACAUUAUCCUUGUUAGCUGCGGACAAGUUGGACAAACACCUGAUGAAAAUAACUUCUCCGAGAGCCAUAUGGAGAAUCCUUCUCUUGAAAAGCUUGGAGGACAAUGUUUCUGGGGUAAGAUACCGAAUGGUUUACUUUCUUCAUCAUUGGAGUGUUCCGUGGAUUUAAGCUUAGGACGGACUAAGCAGUUUGCUUUGCCAAUUACUAUGAACCCAGGCUUCAUAGAGCAAAAAUUUCUCAAGCAGAGCAGUUUCUUGACAUUUUGUUCUCGUAAGCUUAAUGCUGUGUGUCCAUAUCAAUUACAAGUAAGCAUAUGUGCCCACGAGGUCGGCGCAAGAGACAUGUUUAAAUCUCCUUAUAAUUAUUACUCAUACAAUGAUGUCCCACCGUCUUCUUUACCACAUAUCAUAAGGUUAAGAGUUGGAAAUGUGCUCUUUAAGUACGGAAACAAUAUUUGCGAGACAGAAGUUACUGAAGAUUUCUGCUGCUCGUUUUGCUUGAUAAAGUGUGGAAGCUUCAUGGGUCUGAAGUAUCACUUAAUCUCAUCGCAUGACCAGUUCAACUUUGAGUUCUGGAUAUCUGAGAAGGAACAGGGUGUCAAUGUUAGUUUGAAGCGCAAUACCUGGACAAAUGAGGAUUUCCCUGCAGGAGUUGAUCCGAGGCAGAGAACAUUUUCCUACUUCUCAAAGUAUAAGAAGCGUCCAAGAUUAGUUGUUGCGAAAGUGGCUGAAGCUAUCGUUCCAUCAAAAGUGACUGAGGUGAUCACACCGUUAGAAGCAACUGAGGUGACUGUUCUGCCAAAAGCAACUGAGACGAUUGUUCCGCCAAAAGCAACUGAGAUAAUCAGGCAUGGACAUCUACUUGGUACUUCUGUGUCAGACACGUCAGUUGAUCCUGCCUGUUCAUUACAUGGCGGCCAUCUAUCACCACCAAGAAUACUCGAGUUCGGAAAGACCAGGAGACUAUCUGUCAACCAGAUUAACCCCAGAAAUCAGCAACUCCUUCAAAAACGUCAAUUCUUCCAUUCUCACACAGGACAGCCAAUGGCAUUUGAAGAAGUUCUCUCAGAUCAUGAUAGUGAAGACGAAGUUGAUGAUGAUGUUGCUGACUUUGAAGAUAGAAGGAUGCUUGAUGAUUUCAUUAAUGUUACAAAAGAUGAGAAGUGUAUCAUGCAUAUGUGGAAUUCAUUUGUUUCCAGACAAAGGGUGAUAGUUGAUAGUCAUAUGCCAUGGGCCUGCAAAGCCUUCUCCCAGCUUCAUGGACAAUUACUUGCACGAAAUCCUUCCCUACUACGGUGCUGGAGGUUUUUCAUGAUCAAACUCUGGAAUCACAAUCUUAUAGAUGCGUGCACCAUGAACUCCUGCAACGUGAUUAUUGAUGAAGUCAAGAACAAAAAAAGCUCGGAUCCCAAGUGAAGCCGAUGCGUUGAAAACAUUUCGGUCAUGAACAAUGACAAACAAGUUAAACUCUUUUCUUUCCCAUCCUACAAUAUUUGUGAUGCCAUCGACAUCCAGCUCCAUAUCAUGAUAUUAAUAUUCUCGGUACCAUGAGUUUUACAUGACCUGUUUUUUUCUGAAGGAAGUUUUACAUGAAGUGUUGGUUAUUCAGUGAUUCGGACAACUCA